GGACAUCCUCUCGCAUUCUGAUAUCAAGAAGAGCAAUACAAAAAGCACCCAUUCAGAGAACCUAAUCAAAUUCCUCUUUUCGACAUUCAAACCCUCAUCUUUCCAAGGGAAAUCAAAUCUUAGAGGCUCUUCAAGAUUCAAGCGACCUUUUGGACUUGCAUGGGGUUAUCAUUUUCGUGUCCAUUCGCAGCUUAUACUGAUUUAGAGGCUGGCUUGAAGUCCAUCAGUUUAGAGGACGAUGAAGUUAAAAGUUUGGGGUUAUCUUGCAGUUUUAAGAUCCAAGAUUCUGAACCAUCAGCAAUGCAGUUAAUGGUCUCUCAAACAAUGAAGAUUGAAGGAUCUGUUAGCUUUAAAGUUUCUUCAGAUGAAGGAAUUGGAGCCGAAAAGAUCGAAAUGCAUGUUGAAUCUCCAAGAUCUAAUAAUGUGUUGGAUGAUUUUGAUCAAGGGAGCCCCAAACAUGAAGCAGCCACAAAGCUGCAAAAGGUUUAUAAAAGCUUUCGAACACGAAGAAAGCUGGCAGAUUGUGCGGUUCUGAUCGAACAAAGCUGGUGGAAGCUCUUAGAUUUUGCAGAACUUAAGAGGAGUUCUAUAUCAUUUUUCGAUCUCGAUAAGCAUGAGACGGCUAUUUCCCGAUGGUCCAGAGCAAGAACAAGGGCUGCCAAGGUUGGAAAAGGGUUAUCAAAGAAUAGCAAAGCUCAGAAACUUGCCUUGCAGCACUGGCUUGAAGCGAUUGAUCCAAGGCAUCGUUAUGGGCACAAUCUUCACUUCUAUUAUGGACAAUGGUUGCACUCUCAAAGCAAAGAACCCUUUUUCUACUGGUUGGAUAUAGGAGAAGGGAAAGAAGUGAAUCUUGUUGAAAAAUGUCCAAGAUCAAAACUUCAACAGCAAUGCAUCAAAUAUCUUGGCCCAAUGGAAAGGAAGGAGUAUGAGGUUGUGAUAGAAGAUGGGAAGCUUUUAUACAAACAAACUGGGGAAUACAUAGAUACAACAGGAUCACCAAAGGGUUCUAAGUGGAUCUUUGUGCUCAGCACAUCUAGGACUUUAUAUGUUGGCAUAAAAAAGAAAGGAUUGUUUCAACAUUCAAGUUUUUUGGCUGGAGGAGCCACUUUGGCAGCUGGGAGACUAGUUUCUGAGGAUGGUGUUUUAAAGGCAAUCUGGCCUCAUAGUGGUCAUUAUCGUCCCACGCAAGAAAAUUUUCAAGAUUUUGUUUCAUUUCUUCAAGAGAAUGACGUGGAUACUACUAAUGUCAAGAUGGAUUCGGACGAUGAUGAUAAAGAAUCUCUUGGCAAACAGAGCAGUAGCGUUCAUAUAAGAACUCAUUCUUCAGAAGAAGAUGUGAGCGAAAAGGAGCGCAUGGGGACAGAGGAGGUAGUUGUCGAGGAUCAUCCCUCAAAAAUGGUGAAUGUCGUGAAACAACAUACUUGUUUACCACAAGAAUCACCAAAGAAAUCAAGGCUGUUUCGAUGUUCUAGUAGGAAAUUAAGUACUCUCAAGAUACCAAGCAAUGACGACCUUUUUACAAAUCUAAAGACCGAGAAUCAAGCGGAUGAAGCAGUGUCUAAGAAUUCAGAGACCACUUUGGAUGGUUACAAAGCAGCAGAAGAAGGAAGCAAAGAUUUCACAUCAGAGACCAUAUUGGAUGGCUAUGAAGCAGCAGAAGACUCGUUUGGUUCACACCAAAUUCACGAUCCGUCGGAGCAUGACGUAUCAGACGAUGAAGAAGAUGAUCCAAAGAUGGAGGAGACAAUUCCUAAAAAGUCCAUCCUUAAAAGGAUCAACUCCCAUAAAGGGACAAGUUCAUUUCAAUUGGGAAGGCAGCUUUCUUGCAAAUGGACCACAGGAGCCGGACCUAGAAUCGGCUGUUUGAGGGAUUAUCCCACAGAGCUGCAAUCACAAGCAUUGGAGCAAGCAAACUUAUCUCCAAGAAGUGCUCCUUGUAGCCUAAAGUAUACCAAUAAGGUGUUUUGUAGCAGCCCUUGUUCUUUUGAUAACAAGAGUUUGCUUUCAAGAAAUCUUGGACCUUACAGAACAAGAUCUUCCCCAGUAAGUAACUUUACAGAUUCUUUUUGAUUAAAAACUCCAUUCUUUUAGGGUGAAUAUGAAAUUGACAUAGGCAUUUUAUUCAUUCUUUUUGAAGUUCCAAGUGUUCAACCUUGUAUA